GCUUUAAUGAUGGAUAUGCUUAUCUAAAUAACAGCCACUAAUAUCUAACAAGGAAGUAGUAGUUGAUACCCUCCACUUUGUAAUGUCUUCAUAUUCUGUCAUAUAAAAUUUUUACGUUAUGAGGACUACAUAUAAAGGAAGACCAUGACGGUAACUAAAGGAUGUUAUUAAUUUGACUCAAGUGAAACCAAAUACCGAGUCAUCGGUAACACUAUUUUAAUAUAGGAACAAAUAUAAGGGACGUGUAUUGUCAGUUAACUCUAACUUAGUACUUAACUGGUUUUUAGUCGACUAAGAGGAAAUUCAGGAAGACAAAGGGACAUAACCAAAUAACCUGUCCGGUGCUAUACCGAUUCUGCUACAUCAAGUACUGCUAAUAGAACGGUAGUAUUUGAACCCCUGACUGGAGAAACUAUGAUAAACAAUUCAGUCAAAGAUAUAUUUUGAAACCUGGUUGUGAAGAAUUAAAAAAAAAAGAAAGAAAGAAGAAAUCAACUUUAUUUCUAGAGAUGUGGUUUCGAAACUGAUGUCUCUAAGUUAUGUUUUAUUAUUGUUCUUCAUUCUGGACCAAUUAAGACUUAUUAGUCGACCACUAAUUAUGCCGUCAUCAGUUUGUAUAUGUGAGUGUGUUAAACAUCCUCUUGCGAAAAAUAACGCUAGUGUUCCAGCAGAGGGGGCAUAAUGAACCGAAGAAAUGAGAGCAAAAGUCGCCGUAGUCGUGUGUCGCCCCCGGGCCGCAAUAAGUCCCGACGGAAAAUAGCACUGACAACUGAGAGUCAGGAGUUAACUCAGAUGAAAUCCAAUGAUGACGAGAGUACAGAUGGACAAAAUAAGAAGAUCUCUCGUAAGAUAACAGCGAAGUAUCCCACUGACCCUGCCACACCUUCUUUGGUUGCUUCUGCAAACAAACGCUUAGUAAAGGUCAAUAAUAAUAUGAAAGUGGGUCGUGCUCUUCGCAAGUGCAGCCCAACUCCUGCAGACUCUGAGGAAAUGCCCUACGUUGAUAAUCAAUCAAUAGGUCGUACACCGAAUGGUCAGAAGAUGCCAGCAGUUGAGGAAAGCCAGAAAAAAGUUAUUGCUAAACCCCCUAAAAAGAGAAAAGCUACAGAAACGGACACUUCCAGUCCGCUACCCUCGCCUUUCAAAUUGAUGUCUCCAACACUUACACAGAAUGCACCCCCUAUUAAUUUAAGAGAUUGGAACAAUCAAAGAGUGUUAGCCUGGAGAGAGAAUGUUUAUAAGCCAGGUGUUAUAAAGAAUGCUACAGACAGACAAGUUGGGGUGCUCUUUGAUGGUGAAACUGAAACGAAAAUUUACUUUGUUUUUGAUAGUGACUGCAACAAGGUAAUCUGUGACCACAGUCCAAUGGGCAACAGUGUACAGCUUGGGGCAGAUGUGUGUGUUCGAAUUGACUCUGAAGAAAAUGUCUUUAUUGAAGCUAAGGUGAUAGAUCGGAAAGUGAAUCCAGUUUCGUUCCAGAUUAAAUUGAAAAGUUCUCAAAUGUUGUGGACAACUCGAGCAAACAUCCGACUUCUACGGCCUCCAUGGUGGGAAGAUUUAGAGGACUGUGGUGAGCAAAACCAGAUGUUUCAAAUGUCUAAUCAAGUGAUGAGCCCUGUACAAACUCCAAACUCUGUUUAUAUUCAACCAACUGUAAAUCUCACCUCGUUGUCUGUUUGCUCCAGCAGCCCUACUCCAACUUUUGAGAAGCAGACCAGCUUUGAACGACCAGAUACGUCUGAGGAUGAACUUAAAAAUGAAAAUGUCUAUUUUGAUUCAUCUGGCAUGAGUACUCCAAGAUGUGGGAGUGCAACACCUGGUGCUUCUUCUCAAAAUGGUAAGGACCGUAGCAAGCCAGCUUUUAAAAAGAAGGAUGAGGUACGAUGUCGUGCUCAGUCCGGUGAUAGCAGUCGAGCAAGUACGCCAAGGUCACCAAAUCCUAUCAGCAAGUACAAGAAAGGGGAUGUCGUUUCCAAUGAGAAAAGUGGGGUCCGUAAAAAAUUCAAUGGUAAACAAUGGCGCCGUCUCUGUUCUAAAGAUGGUUGCACAAAGGAAUCUCAGAGACGGGGUUACUGCUCCCGGCAUCUCUCCUUAAAAGGGAAAACUAUGCGAUCAUCAGUGCCAUAUCCCGGACAUAGAAAAGGGGAGCUAAAGGAUGGUCAAAUUGAAUGGGAAGAAACUUCACAUGAUAGUGAAUACGACCAAGAACGGAUUACUACAAGCAAACUGGAUGAACGUGAAGCUGCAUCACUUUUAGUAUCUUUAGGUAAUUCCCGGUCUGGCACCCCUUCUUCUCCAUUAGGGCAACGACAGUCCCCAUCAACAGCUUGUGGUCAGUUUACUCCUAUUGUGGCGCCUCAUAACCAAGGUCUCAUCAAUUCGCCAACUAGGCACUGGAUUAACAACUCCCCAAAGUCAGGCAAUUCAUCUGCAGAGCUUAUGCCUAACAUAGCCCCUCGUCCAGCUGUCACCUUGAUGCCGGCAUUUUCAGUACAUCAAGAAGAAUCUUAUGUUUUGAAGAAGAAAUCUCCAGAAGUCUUUGUUAAGCAGGAACAGAUGCAGACUGAAAACCUUGACUCAAAUGUGACCAUUGUUCCAAUAGUGGGUAAAAGUGGGUUCUCAACAGCGAUACCAGGUACAGACAAUGGUGGCAUUCUGAUAUCUGCCAUUCAAGAGAAGUUGUUUGCAACAUUGGCACAAGACGACAAUGUUAGUGCUUUUGUCACCACAUCACAGAAGGACAGUGCAAGAGCACCGGCAAAAUCUCCAUUGAACACCACUCACGAGACGUAUGUUCGGGAGGACAAGAGCACGAAAGUGAGAGAUGCAACCCCCACGCAACAAGUGGUGUCUGUAGAGUACAUUGCAAGCGGGACUCCAACCAACAUUACAUCAUAUUACACACCACAACCACAGCAGCAGCAGCAACAACAACAGCAGCAGCAGUUGCAACAGCAGCAUCAACAACAUCAGCAACAACAACUUCAACAACAGCAUCAUCACCAACAACAACAGCAGCAGCAACAACAACAACAACAACAACCUAUACAAAACAAAAUGCAGAUUAACACAAAGGGGCCAAAUGCCUGUUGCCAUUAUGACAUGCACUCAGCUAAAGCACCCUCUGCACAUGGAGAUUUACACUUUCGACAGCAAGUCUCAACGUCAGUCUCUAAUGCUGCAUCCCCUCUCGAGAAUCCUGUUUCUGUGCAGCAGCAGCAUGCAAGAGGUGUUGUGUCUCAGUAUCAGGGCUCUGCAGCACACCCAUCUCCUGCUGCCUUGCUACCAGUCAUGCCUGUUGGGGAGCCUCCCAAAGAUCAGCGGGUUGAUGAUGCUUCAAGUAAAGGACCCGCAUCAGCAGAUGACAGUCACCAUGUCCCUGUAUACCGCUGGCACUCGUUGGUCCCUUACCUUACCAACACUGGAGGUACCCAGUCCCCAUCCCAUGCAGCUAUAUCCCCACCACCCACAUCUCAAGUGAUGUCAGCAGCCCUGGAGAGUGAUAACUCCACCACACAGGAGUCUACAACAUCCAGUGAAGCUAAUCCACCAGUGUCGGUCAGCCAGAGUGUCUCUGAAGCCUUUAAUUCUAAAGAUGACUAUGAUAUUGAUGAUGAUGAAGAAGAAGAUGAUGAUGAUGAUGAUGUGUUCGAUUGUGCUCCUGAUUCUCCAAAGAAAGAUUCUAGCACCCGCAUAAAACGGCGAACUCAAUCCCUCAGUGCUCUGCCAAAAGAUAAAGACGAACCAAAGAGCCCUAGGAAGGUACGAGAUAAAGAACACAUCCGCCGACCAAUGAAUGCUUUCAUGAUAUUCAGCAAACGCCAUCGAGCUCUGGUUCAUCAACAGCAUCCCAACCAAGAUAACCGAACAGUGAGCAAGAUUCUCGGAGAAUGGUGGUACGCCCUGCUGCCACAUGAUAAGCAAAAGUACCAUGACCUGGCGUUCCAGGUAAAAGAGGCCCAUUUUAAGGCCCACCCUGACUGGAAAUGGUGUUCAAAGGAUCGUAAAAAGUCCCACACAAUUGCUGCCACAUUAAAGCAACGUAAUAGCCGUCGACUGAGUUCCUCAGAGGAUAUUCCAGAUGAUUCUGCAGAAGGACUACCAGAAUCAGAUAUUGUUGAUGAUUCCAAUGAGGGUCGAAUGCCGCCGGCAGAAGGAUUGGAACCUGGGUUACAUCGUUGUGAUGAAAUCGAGUCUUCCAACGUCGCUCAGAUGUCGGCAGUCAGUUACUCGUCUACUAGAGAUAUGUAUGAAUCAUCAAAGGGGCGCUCACAGAGCCUAUCAGCAAUGCCGCAUCGAGAUGAAGGGGGAGGCACGCAGUCCAUUAUCAGUGGACAGCCGAGCUGCAGCCAAGAAAGAAGUCACAGUCCAUUUCGAGAGAAACGAGCUCAGCCAGUGAAUCAGUUGCAAGGAUCAGUGCAGUCUCUGCACCAGUCGCAGCACCAACUGAAAUCUCAGCUGAACUCACCGCAUACUCCAUCUGCAUCGCUCCAGCAAGGAGGCAUGCUACCAUCAUCAUCGUCACCACCACAGCCGCCACCUUCUCAACACCAUCCUUCUUCACUCAUGCCUACCCUGCCUCCAGUUUCUGCCUCCUACAUACAACAGCACUCUUCAUCUGAUACUGUUGCUACACAGUCGAGGCAGUCACAUCUAAUGGAUGAUGAUGAUGACAGUGAUAAUGGACAUAUGGUCAUCUAUGAGGCAGAUGAUGGUAGCACGGGUAAAGAUGAUGAUGAUGGUGGCGAAAUAGACUUAAACUGUAAAGAGCAGGUCUCUGACAGUGAGACCGAUAGUCAAACCGAAGAUGAUGGCAUCAUUGAGAAUAAAGCUUUCCCCCAACAACGUUUUUCUCCCAUGAUGACUCAUAUCUCUCCAGCAGACUAUGCAUAUCGGCCAGAGCCAAGAAAGAGUGUUCCAGGCUCUCCAGGCAAAACUAACCUUGAUAAACCAGACAUGGUCAAUUCAAUUGUGCCAUCCAGUCAUGAGAAGUUUGUGUUUCGUCCAUCCCAUUCUGGCUCCAGUUUCCAACCUGUUGGUGCUAUGUUCAAAGCAAGGAACAAGCCUGAACGGACUCCAGUAUCUAACAUGCGAGAAGAGGUGUAUGAAAGAGAACAAAGAGUAAUGCAAGAACGUUCUGAAAAACAAGAAGUAAGCCAACCCCAAUAUAACCAGAGCACUCAACAACCUGUUACUCAACAGCAAACCGUUCGGUUAGGUGGCAUGAAGAUUCACAAUAUAACAAUGACAACUCAUGAAGACCAGCAAAUAGUUUUCUCAUCCAACACACAAACUACACUGGGCAAACAGAAUGGCCGUGGACCCAUUGUAGGUAAAAUGACUCAGAAGGCAUCGAAAGCUAAACAGCAGCAGGGUAACACCCAGAGUCAAACAGUGGCUUCACCCACAGUCCUCCAGUUUGUAUCAAGCAGUAACAUCCAAAUUUUGAGUGCUGCAACACAGCCAAUGCUUACAACUGGUUAUCAGAACACUAGUGGUCAAAUAGCUCCAACCUAUAGCACUACGUGUAAACCCAUCACCACACCAGUGCCAAUUGCAUCAAAACCACCUGGUAUGACCAGCCAUAAUUCAGCAUCUAAUAUGCCUGUUACUUCUUCAGUUAAUGUGACACCUGCUCAGGUGAAGACUGGACUGGCUGGGAUUAACGUUCAACCACAGCCUGUUAUACAAGCAACCCCCAAAACACCCAUGAAAAGUGUCGGACCAAUACUUGUACAGACUAUUCCCGCAAACCAGUAUGGGAUGGCAACAGCUGUCACGUCUGGUAGCUUUAUGACAUUAAGAAAUGUGGCCCCUCCUCAUACAUCACAAGCACAAGGUCAGCCAGUGAGUCCUGCUGUCACAGCAUCUGGUCCUUUAGUUACCAAUUUGGUACUGAAACCAACUAAUCAAGGUUCUUCUCUACAGGGCAGCCAAUCUCCAGGAAUAGCAAAUACAAUUAACAUUGGACAACAAGGAAACAUCCAAGCAACACAUGUUCAGUAUAUCCUGCCUUCAUUUCCCUUGCCCCAAGGUUCUAUUCAUUUGACAUUAGCUGGUGGUCAGAAUACACAAACCCUCAAUCAACACACCCCGAACAAGAUCCAGGUAGCACAAACAAAUAUCAAAACUAGCAAUGCUCAACCACAGAUACAACAAGUUGUUACACCUUCGAUCUCACCUAAUAUUGGGACACAGACUCUGCAGAUUUUCAACCAGAAGCAAUCAUGUGCACCAGGUCAGACGCCCCCAUUGGUCACUCAGUUGGUGACUGUCACUCAAGCUGGGUCGGGAGCAGGCAACCCUACAGCACAACACAUACAGUUACCAGCUGGCACAAUUGGCCAGCCUGGUGUCUCUGUCACAGUGCAACAAUCUGCAGGCCAGCACAUUCCACAGCAGCAGCAGCAGCAACAACAAGUGAUCUCUCAGCAAUCUACAACACAACAACACCAACAACAAACUACACAAAGGGUUCUACUGCCACCAGCAAAGACGGUUUAUGUUCAGCAGGCAUCAUUGAAUCCUCAAUGUAAAUCUGAUAAUCAAACAGUAACACAAACUUAUAUCCAAGCAUAUCCUGUCCAACCAGGUCAGCCAGUCCAGUCAGUGAUGUUUCAGUCCAGCCCACCCAGUCAGUCACCCAGUCCAGCUAUGUCUCCUCAGUUGACCAUUGCUCCCAAGCCAGCCAGUACUGUUCAGACCUCCACUGUGACCCGUUCUCCACAACAGAGUCCUUCACCAGGACUCUAUUACCAAAAUGUCAGCACUAAAGCCUCCAAUAUGAUGGCAGUUGGAACUGAACAAAAGUGUGACAUUGGUUUCUUCUCCUCUGUAUCAUCUCAACCAAAGCGAGUGAAGGCUGUUGUGGCUAACAUACCCUUAGCCAACGAGUCUUUACCAAAGAAUGCAGCAGUCACAGCUUUUAUCAAUGCCACAACAACCAUGUCUCCCGUCCCCAUUGUCCAAGCGACACCUGUUACAACUACUGCUGAAGUAACUACUCGUACCGAGAAAUCUGUCUCCUUUGCUGCUACUAAUUCGGUUACACCACCGAAUCAUAGACAUGCUCCCCUCAGCCGACACGCUAGUCUUGACCGGCAGCAAAAUCAAGAAAGAAAAUCGACUUUAAUUCGCCAAACCAGUUUAGAUCGGCAAUCUAAUAUGGACCCUCCUCCGAGUUUUGAGCAUCGGUCCAGUAUUGAGCGUCAAUCAAGCAUCGACCGUCAAACAGCCAUUGAGCGCCAAGCAACCCUGGAACGUCAAUCUAGUAUUGACAGGCAAACCAGUAUAGAUCGUCAAACAGCCAUGGACCGGCAAAUGGUCAUGGAACGUCAAUCAAGUAUUGACCGGCAAAUGACCACAGAACGCCAAUCUAGCAUUGACCGUCAAACAGUAAUGGACCGUCAGUCUAGCAUUGACCGCCAGACAGUAAUGGACCAUCAGUCUAGCAUCGACCGUCAAACAGUGAUGGACCGCCAAUCUAGUAUUGAACGCCAAACAGUGAUGGACCGCCAGUCUAGCAUUGACCGGCAAACAGUGAUGGACCGUCAAGCAAGUCUAGAGCGUCAGCCAAGCAUUGACCGCCAAACAACUGUCGACCGUCAAUCUGCCCUGGAACGGAGCCAAAGUGUGGAGAGACAAUCAACGUUAGAACGACAGUCGAGCCUGGAACAAGCCAACCUGGAGCGACGAACAAAACUGGAGCGACGGCCUAGUAUGGAGCGGCGUGCAAGUGUUGACCACCCAAGCAACGUGGAGCACGUGUGCCAAAUGGAACGGCAACCACCGAUGGAACGCAAAAUGAGUGUCGAACAUGUAGGGAGCGUCAUCGACCGUUCAAACAGUACCGAUCGGCAUUCUGCCUCUGAUUGCCAGUCUAACUUGGAAUAUCAGUCUCACAAGGAGUGGCAAGCUGCAUACGGCCACCAGUCGAAUUUGGAACGUCAGUCGAGUAAGGAGCAGCAGUCAAAUUUAGAGCGACAGCCAAGUCUGGAAGGACAGACUAGUAGUGAGCAGCAUCAGCUGACUGUUGACAAGUAUUCAACAGCUGAACACAAAUCAAAUGUCGCCCGCCAUUCUAGUCUUGACCGUUUUGUACCGGUCUUCUCACGUCAUGCCAGCCUCGAUCACCAGCCUCUGUCUGGAUGUCAGCAACGGAAACCGUGCUUAGUUCGGCAGCAUAGUAUUGAUGUUGCUGAUAUACCAGAUCGUAGCUGGGUUCAUGAGUCAAAUCAGCCCCAGAUGUCAAGCCAGACUGAAAAUGAUCCCAAAGACUCAGAACUUGAACAGCGACAACAGCGUUCUUGUAAGGGCAAGCGUUACAAAGAGAUGGCAGCAGAUGGCGGCAGCAUGAAACUAAAAGGAGACAAAAAGGCAUACAAGUCAUUGGACAUUUCCACUGAAUGUCCACCAAUGAGCAGCAGUGAUUCCACUCCUACAGAAAUUCUGCCUGAAAUACAAUCUAGAGAAAGGUCAGUAGGACACCUGGAUGGUCAGCCUUCUCAACCGUCAUCACACAUACUCCUACAGCAGAAGUCAGAAAGAAGUAAGCAGAAACCAAUACCUCCACCCAUCCCGGUACAUAGUCACUCGAUACAGUCAUCAUUAACAUCACCCAGCAUAUCUAGUCCACGACGUAGUAUUUUUAAGAAGAACAUUGAUGAUGGCAUGGACAAGGUUCUGGAGACAGUGGAUUUUGAACGGAGAUUUGAGCAGCUUCCUCAGUACAUCCCCGACCAAUCUGAUGCCACAACCCCGGUACCACAAAGUCCAAGGGCACUGUUGAAUAUUUACAGGAGGAAAGCCCUUCCAAAAUCUGAUUCAGUUGACCAUGACAGCAUCACAGAUUCGUGCACCGUGUCGCCUGCUUACCUGAAGAGUUGUGACUCUGAAGCUGGCACUCCGAAGACACCAAGAAAUUCCGAAGACAAUCAGUUCUUUGGUGCCACCUUUAAUCUGGAGUCACUUUCUGAUGCAGCUCUCAAGAAAAUGGAUUUUACAGACAGUGAAGUAAAUUCCCCUCGCACUCCUAAAACUCCCAGUUCUCCAGGAACCUAUUCCACUCUAAGACGUGUCCUUGAUCAAAGACGACAGCUCGUGAUGAAACUCUUUGAAGAAUAUGGACUUUUCCCAUCAGCUUCAGCUACUACGUCAUUUCACAGCAGACACAUCAACCUGUUUCCAACGAAGACAAUGCUGCAACUGAAAAUCCGUGAAGUACGACAGAAGUUAAUGGCUCAGUCAGCACAGAUAGCAGCUGCGGCGGAAGGUGAAGCUGGUUCUGCACCAUCAACCCCGUCCGCUUUGACAGCCAGCUCCAACAACAGUGGAACUAAUUGUUCAACCAGUAGUGCCGUCUCCGUCUCAUCCACCAAACCAACACUUUCGUCUUCACUAGGCCCUGCACCUCUUUGUGGGAACAGCAAUGUGAAUGUGACUGCCACACCAGUGGGUGCUGGGGUCACGCCGUCGUCCACUACGUUGUCUUCGUCCACGAGCGGCGAGCUCAUCCCCAAUCCUAACACAACGGCCCCUUCAGCUGUCCUCGGCUCCAGCAACGAGGUUACUACUACUAGUAUUACAACCACCCAUGUGCCUUCCUGUGGAUCACAGCCACCACCACUUCCACCACCUCCUCCUCAACUGCCGCCACCACCACCACCAACACAUGCCACCACCUCCUCCUCUUCUACAGCUGCAGUUGCUGCUACUCUCUCUCAACACCAACAUCAGCAUCAACAUCAGCAUCAACAACAGCAGCAGCUGCAGUAUUCCUUUGCGCAGUCGCCAUCACAGCACUCGUAUCAUCAUCAUCACCACCAGCAGCAGCAGCAAACAACGAACCGUGCUGUCAUUGCCUCCGACCACACACCCUCAUCAUCAUUGUCAUCCACGGCUACGCAACCUCUAGGCACUGGUGGUGGAUCAGCAGGCGCAUCAAUUAUGCGACAUGACUACGGCAGCGACAAACAUACCUGAAGUGUGGAGUGGGGUGAGGGACACACACCCUUCCCUCUGCAUACCACUCCUCUUCACUAAAUGGCUUUGUUACAUACACAAAUAUAUACAUAUAUAUAUGUAUAUGUAGACUUGUAUGUAUAUACAUACUCACACAUUAUAUAUAUAUUAUAUAUACAUAUGUGGUUUACUGUUGUCAUGGAAACAGAACAAAGUAUUUGAAAUUAACCUCGUUGGAUCUCUAUCCCGAUCUCCCUUCUCCACCCCUCCAAGAAAAACAACAUACAUUUUCAUAACUUGUUCCUCCACCUCACUUCUCUGUCCUCCUCUCGUCUCCAGCUCAUCCUCUUCUUCCUUCCUAUUGUUGUUGUUGUUAUUGUUGUUGUUGUUGUUGUUAUCAGUCCAACCAAGGGUAUAAUGAUCAAAGUUUUCCCUGUGAAAAAAAAAGCAAAAAACUUUGUAGAAACAGACUGAUACACACAGAUAAACAAACGAAAAAGAAAGUUACAUUAAGGAAAGAAAAAAAUUUUUUUCUAAUUUCUUUAUUCAUGAACUUUAACCUGAGAGGUCAACAUUUGUGACCUCUCUGUCUGUCUCCACAAUGAUGUUAAAGAUGAAGAUGAUAAUUUGACAUAUUGAUGCAACAUACAAUGACAGUAAUGUGGUAGGAUGGUGGUGGUGGUGGUGGUGUUUGUAAACUGUAGGUUGGUACUACUUACACAUGACCUACCAGGACUAUAUAUGGGUGUGUGCAUGUGUUUGUGUAUGUAUAUAUAUAUAUAUAUAUAUAUAUAUAUAUAUAUAUAUGUAUGUAUGUAUAAGGGAUGGUUGUUGUGGGUGUGGUUCGUAGUUGUUGCUCUGUUGAGUAGACCUUUGCCUACAAUACUGAAUGAUGUGGUGUAAUACAGUACAAACUGCUAGAGCUUUAGGGUGUGAUGAUAAUGUUCUCUUAUGUAAUCCACCCAAAGCUAAAACUCUCUAUGUAUGUCUUUUUUUCUUUUUUCUUUUUCUUGUGUGUGGACAAUUAUGUAUGCAAUCUAGCUUGUCUGAAUGUGCAUAUAUACACACACUCACACUCACUCACACACACAUUUACAUUUUGAGACAGUUAACCACAUAAGCUGUCAAUAUAUCCACUGUCAAUGUGUCCAGUAACUUCACAAUAAAACUGUUUUUUUUAUUCAUACUGCCAAAGUCUGUCAUUAGUGUUGGACUAUGCAAGGUCAAAGCUUAAAGGCUUGUUGCUAUUUUGGUUUCUAUCUGUGUAUUAGGAAACUUCUCACACACUCUAUGUCCCCUUCCCUUGGAAGGUGUGAAGUAGCAGAAAAUGGAGUUUGCUACCCUAAUGUGUGGUAUUUGGGUCUUUUUUUUUUAAAUAAUUUAAAACGAAAUUGUUAUAUUGAAUAUUAGGAAUUUUUUUUAUGGAACUGACAAUGUGUAUGUGUAUCUACAUACAUAUAUAUAUGUGUACAUAUGUCUAUGUUUGUGUAUGUGUAGUAUGGUUCCUUAAUCCAUAUGAGAGAGAGAGAUUAUGAAGGUAUAACAUAUACAAUAUGUUGUAUGUAUUAUACUCCAAACCAAAUUUUCUGCUGCAUUUGAACUCAUCAUUUAUAUUUCCUUUGUCUUUACUAUUCUUUCUUCUCUUCCUCAUUUGUAAAUUUAUAUUCACUCAAACAUAUAUGCACAUACACACACACGCACACAUAUAUAAUGUGUAUGUGUGUGUACAUAUGUGCGCACACACACACACACUUCUCCACCAGCUCACUGAACUGUCUGUGUGUAUGUAUUUAGAUUUAUAUGUACACUGUAUCAUUGGUAUUUAAAAUGCACAUUGAUUAGCACAUAUAUUUAUGAAUUAGUAAGAUAUAUAAAUAUAUAUACAUCUUCAUUCAAAGCUAAUUAUUAACUCAGUCGCUAUUCCUGAGUAAUAAUGAAGUGAAUAGUCAGCUUUGAAUAAAGAAAUACACUCUUAUCUUCAUGUAUUGAGUACUUUUUCCACCAUUUGAAAUGAAUACCCAAAGUCAUAUAUGCUCUCUUCUAUAUAGGUUAGUUAUAUUUUGUUAUAAACUGUUCGAAAAAUAUAGUGGAAAGCUAGUAGCAAAAAUAGCAGGUGUACCAAAGUACAAAUUAGGAUAUGGGCCAGACUGAAUCUCAGCUUACACUCUCCCCGCACCCUCUCAUUCUUUGUCUUUUCUAUAUGUCUAUGAGCAUACGUCUAUUUCACAUAUAGAAAUGUGCAAUAUGUAUUUAUACACACAUAUACAGCAUACAAACUGAGGGAUGAGGUACAGUGCUGUUUUCAGACCCAUUCAAUAUAUGCUAAUGUGGUGAUUCAGGCACAGAAAAAAUGAUGAUGAUAUGCAUCUCACACACAUACAAACACACACCUCAUCCAUGCAUGCCUACCAGAUAAGACUAAAUAAUCUUCUUUAAGAUUUGGAUCCAUUUAUGAAAAAUCUUCGGAAGAUUUUUUUUUAUGUGUCAAUUCUUUGAUCUCCUUCUACACACUUUCUAUCUGUUUCCUCUUUUUUCGUUAUAUACAUACAUUCAUGGGUGCAUGCAUACAUAUGCAUGUAAUUGUGUGUGUGCGUAUGUGUAUACACACACACACACACACACACAUGGUUGUAUGUGUUUGUGCAAGUUCAUAUCUUGUAAGUUUUACAAUUUAGUUAAUCUGCUUUCAUCUACAUGCAUACACACUACUUUUUCUUCUUCCAUGCCUUACCUCAUCCAUAAUAAAAGUUCCUUCUCUUUGA